GAGAGAGAGAGAGAGAAAGAGAGAGAGAGAGAGAGAGAGAGAGAGAGAGAGUGGAAUGGGAACCUGCCGAUCAGACAUCCUCCGCGCUCACACACACGAACGAACGCAGACGCACCAGGAGACACGCCGCUGCUCCACAGGUGAUGCGCAUUAAGUGAACUCAGCUCGAGCUUCUUUUUUUUUAUCAUUAUUUUUAUUUUUUCCACUUUAGUUUUAAACCUCCUGCACAUGUGGAUUAUAUCUGAUGUUCUCUUCCAUGUCUCUGUGGACGCGCGCCGUUUCUGAUCGCCGACAUCAGGGCUGCGCGUAACGGAGCCGUGUUUCAGUAGGAGACCAGACGCCUUUAACGCAGGACACACACACGGAAAGAGAGAGAGGGAAAGAGAGAGAGAGAGAGAGAGAGAGAGAGAGAGAGAGAGAGAGAGAGAGAGAGAGCGGACGCGUUAACGGACAAGGACGAGGACUGCUCUAGCCAUGAUGAACCCUGUCGUGUUCAAUAAGCUGAGCGGCCCUGUGCUGUUUGAGGAGAAGGCGAGUGAGGUGGAGAGGAGCAGCAGGAAUUAUCUGGAGGUGAUUGACGAGCAACAUGUGGAUCUGCUCUCCAGGAGCCACCAGAUCACCGACAGCUCUGUGAUGAGACACAGGAGACCAGGGUCUCGUCAGAACGGAGGGAAGGUUCGGCACAAGCGUCAGGCUCUUCAGGACAUGGCUCGACCGCUCAAACAGUGGCUCUAUAAACACCGGGACAAUCCGUACCCCACCAAAACCGAGAAGAUCCUCCUCGCUCUCGGAUCCCAGAUGACGCUGGUGCAGGUGUCUAACUGGUUUGCAAACGCACGACGGCGGUUGAAGAACACGGUUCGGCAGCCAGACCUCAGCUGGGCUCUCAGGAUUAAACUCUACAACAAAUACGUACAGGGCAACGCUGAGAGACUUAGCAUUAGCAGUGAUGACUCCUGCUCAGAAGACGGUGACCCGGCUGCUCGAGCCCAGACAGGUGAGUUCAGCAAGCCCAUGUACCAGAGUGUCAUCAAAAAAGAGAGCAACAGCGUUGGGGCGGGUCUUCGGGUGGCCGCCGAAGCCUCGUUGGCUGAGGACUAUGUGUCUCCGCCAAAAUACAAGAGCAGCCUGUUACACCGCUACCUGAACGACUCACUGCGCCACGUGAUGGUGGCCAACGGUGUGACGGACGCCCGCAGGAGGAACCACUCCGGCUCCUUCAGCUCCAACGAAUACGACGAGGAUCUCCUCUCACCGUCCUGCUCGGAAACAGAGGCCAACUUCGUUUACCGUACAGAGGCUGUGGAUCAUGGAUCAACUAAAUGUGACAACAGCGUCAUGCCGAAGGAAAAAGGACGUGGGAAAGACGACACGUAUUGGCGAGAGAUCAACGCAGCCAUGGCCCUGACCAACCUGGCCAAGCCUAAAGACGGUGCUCCUGCUGGCACCACCAGCUGCAUCAUCCAGAAAUCCUCCCAUAUAGCUGAAAUCAAAACUGUCAAAGUACCCAUCAUGCACAAGUACUAGCAACCGUCUCGUAUGGGAUUCAA